AGGAGUGACAUCCUCCGUGCCGCAGCAGCUGCACACAUCAGUCCCCGCUGAAUAAAAGAUGAACUGAGGACCCCCCUCCACUGCUCCGCGUCCCAUAUCGUUGCAGCGCCUGCUCUUCAUCGCCGCUGCCCUCUCGGUGCAGGAGUUAACCGCGUUGCCUCAUCCCACCUGGACACAGAAAUGCACGUGCACGCAUGUCCUCGAAAUGCAUGACCGUGUUUGAGUGUGUUUCUGCUUCACUUCCAUACUCAUCUUCAGAGAGCCACUUUUCCGCUUGACUCACCGCAACGUUUGUGUUCACGACUACAAAGCAUAAUGGGGAGGAAAAAGAUUCAGAUCCAGAGGAUCACUGACGAAAGGAACAAGCAGGUCACGUUUACAAAGCGAAAGUUCGGCCUGAUGAAGAAAGCCUACGAGCUGAGUGUGUUGUGCGACUGCGAGAUAGCGCUCAUCAUCUUCAACCACGCCAACAAGCUGUUCCAGUAUGCCAGCACCGACAUGGACAAGGUCCUGCUCAAAUACACGGAGUACAACGAGCCGCACGAGAGCCGGACCAACGCAGAUAUCAUCGAGACUUUGAGAAAGAAAGGUUUCAACGGCUGCGACAGUCCCGAGCCGGACGGCGAAGACUCCAUCGACCAAAGUCCUCUGAAUGACGACAAGUUCCGUAAAACCACAGAGGACCUGGAUGUCCUCUUCAAACGCUACGGACAGACCUCUGCUGCGCCCCAGACCUUCUCCAUGCCGGUCACCGUCCAGGCGUCCAAUCAGAGCACACUGCAGUUCAGCAAUCCUGGCAGCGCGCUGGUAACUACCUCCUAUGUCACGUCGUCGCCGCUCACGGAUACCCACCUGCUGUCGCCACAGCAACCGGCUCCCCAGAGGAAUACAGUGUCUCCGGGGUUGCCGCAGCGACCAGCGAGUGCAGGGGCUCUUCUUGG